AUGUUGAAGCCGGGCAUCGUCUGUCUGCUGUUUGCAGCAUAUAUCAGUCAACUGGAUGGUACAGCCACAGAAUUUCCACCACUUUUCGAAGACUUGAUUAAUUAUCUAUUAGAUGGCGUAAAUUAUGAGAAACGUCAGACGCGAAACGAACAGUACGAGUUGACCGAAUAUGAUUUUAUCAUAGUCGGCGCUGGUUCUGCCGGAGCAGUACUGGCCAAUCGUCUGUCGGAAGUGCACUCGUGGAAUGUAUUGUUAAUCGAAGCCGGCGAAGAAGAACAUUUCGCGAUGGACGUCCCUCUGCUAGCCAACAUGUUACAGUUCACCGAUGCUAAUUGGAAGUACAAAACAAUGCCCUCCGAUAGUUAUUGUAUAGGUAAUAACAGUAUAAUAUAUUAA